AUGACUAAUUUUACCAUGAGUGGAUUUCUUCUCCUGGGAUUUCCUGUCAGUGCUGAGCUAGAAAUAUUCUAUGCAUCUUUGUUCUUAGUCUUCUAUGUGUUGGCUUUAACUGGCAACUUCCUCAUUAUCACCACCAUUACCAUGGAUGACAGUCUCAACUCCCCCAUGUACUUCUUCCUGAAGCAUCUCUCCUUCUUGGACCUCUGCUAUAUUUCUGUGACUGUACCAAAAUUUAUUUAUAACUCUUUCAUGCAAAGUGGAAACAUUUCCUUCUGGGAAUGCGUAUUCCAGAGCUUUGCUUUUAUUGCCUUUGCUCUCGCUGAGCUGGGUAUGCUCACUGUGAUGUCCUAUGACCGCUACGUGGCCAUCUGCCUUCCACUGCGCUAUGACAUCAUCAUGAAUGUCAGAGCCUGUGUCCAUGGUGUCGUUGGUGUCUGGGUCAGUGGAACCAUUUCUGGAGUCAUGCAUGCAGCAGCGACAUUCUCCAUCCACUUCUGUGGCCCCAGGAUCAUCCAUCAGUUCUUCUGUGACAUCCCCCAGAUUCUGAAACUUUCCUGCUCCAAUGAGUAUAUUGGUGAUGUUGCUGUCACUAUUUUCCUCUCUUUUCUGGCAUUUCUCUGUGUCAUCUUUAUUGGCUUCUCCUACAUACACAUAUUUUCCUCUGUGUUGAGGAUGCCUUCAGCGGAGGGCAGAGCCAAGGCCUUUUCCACCUGCCUCCCCCACCUCACUGUGGUCUUAUUAUUUAUUUCUACAGCUUCCUUUGAGUAUUUAAAACCUCAUUCUGAUUCUCCAACUGCUUUGGACAUUUUGCUCACUAUUAUGUAUACAGUAGUUCCCCCAACAUUCAAUCCACUCAUCUACAGCCUGAGAAAUAAAGCCAUCAAGUCAGCUCUCGGUAAUGUUUUUAAAAGAAAUAAAUGUCUCUUCUGUUGA